AAUUUAAUAUUUUUAAGAAUUAUGUUUAUAUCAUUCAAAAUGGCAUUGCAAACAACUGUGAAAAAGAAAACAAUGGCUAUGGAUCGCUGUUUGCGCUUUUGUUUUAUAAAUAGUAUUUUUAUUGUGUAUAUAACUGCUGCAAGUAAAUUUGUCCUAACUUAUGCACAUCUGAAAGUGUCUUCUCCUUUAUCAUCUGUCAUUGAAGUUGAUGUUGGAUCUUCUGCAUUUUUACCUUGUAAAGUUUCUGGAGAGCCCAAACCAGUGGUUUCAUGGCUAAAAAAUGGACAUUUGCUGUCCUUCAAUACAAGUCAGGAUCAUCCAGUUAAAAAUCAAAGUGGAUUAGCAUUUUAUUCUGUUCUUUCUAUGGAUACUGGGAACUAUACAUGUUUAGCAACUAAUCUUUAUGAUUUAAAAGAAAUAAAUUUGCAACUGCAUGUGAAAACUCCUCCUGGGAAAUUAAGAAAUGUGAGUAUACAUCCUUCAACAGUUGUUGCUACGGUGCGUUGGCACGUAGAGGAGGAUGGAGGCUAUCCAAUCACCAAUUUCACUCUGAUUUACCGCCCUCUAAAAGCUAAUCCCUCUGAAUCUUGGCAUACUCCUCAACCAGUUCAUGUUAGUCCAACUAUUAAAUAUUUGGAAAGAUGCUUGCUGAUGCUGAGAAUUUCAGUUCAACUGCUUGGUUACUAGCAGUAUGUAUGAUGGCCAUUACCGUUCUCUCCCUUUCUUUAUUAAGUUUUGCUCUCAUAUGCCGUGAGCAACGUAAAAAAAAUUCUGAAGAGGGAUUGCCUCGUAUAAUAACCAAUCCUGGAUUUGAAAUAGAUCUAGAACAAAGUUAUCUUCUAGAACAUGCUGAUUACAAUGAUAACACAGAGAAACCUUUUCGAAUCAAUAACAACACUGUUAUUCAGCCGUCCUGUGUAUAAAAAUGAAUCCUCAUAUUUUUUUGCAUGUUGAUUGUGUUCACACGCUAAUGAGCUUUUAGCUAUGAUGUUUAAUGUGUAAGCUUUGUUCAUUUUUAUUAUACUUUUGUUGAUUUUUUUCUUUGUUAUUAUGAUCACCGAACAUUUAUAUUGUGUAAUGUUUGUCAUUAUAUUUGCAUAGUUAAAAUGUUUGUAGAUUUUGCUGAAGUUAAUUUAUGUAAAUGUAUUUUCAUUUUUGAUUAACAGAAUUAUCUGUUUCAAAAAUUAUUUCUUUUGUCAAAAAAGAUUCAUUUAAUACAAAUAAUUUUUAUUUUAAUUUAAAAAAAGUAUUUAAAUUUUUUAAGAAAAGUAUUAAAACUUAUGAUGAAUAAGAAAUGGUAUAUCUGUAAUAAAGUGUAUUACAAAAAACUUUUUUUUUAAAGUUUUAAGUUGAUCAAAAGUUUUCACUAUUGUCACAUAUGAAGCAAAAAAAAUAUUUUUUAAUUAAAUUAUAAAUUUUUUAAAAAGUCUAAAAAAAUUUUACGAGGGGAAGAAUGGGUUUAAAACGUAAAUUUUAAUUUUUUUCAUAAAUUUAAGUUAAGUUUUUUUUUAAAAAAAAGGCUCGAAAAUGUUAUUUAUAUGCAUAAAUGAAUUUUAAGUCUCCCAAAACCUGUUUGAAAACUUUAGUUUCCAUCAAUGUAUGCACAUUUUUUCAAAUUUCAACCCAUUCUUUAGGUUAGGUGAUUAUAUAAAUUUUGGGUGAAAAUAAGUAAGUUCUGGUAGUCCUAAAUUUUGACCCUUCUUCCCCCCUAAAAAAAAUCUUUUCCUGGCCCAUUUUAUAAGACUGGAUUAUUUUUCAAUUAGGCUUUUUGAUAAAUAUAUGAUCAAAGCUUGUAUCCAUUUCAAAUAUUGAAUUUCGAGAAAAAAAAAGUUUUUUAUAAUGCUUUUGUUAUAUAAGUGCAGAUUUCUUUAAGAAGUAACUUUAAUUUUUCCUUAAUUCAUUGCGAACUAGAAAAAACUUAUAAAACUUAAAAAACUUAUGAUGAGUUAAGAAAUGUUUUUUUUGAAAAUUGUAUAAUACAAGAGAAAAGUUCUCAAUUUUAAAUUUUCCAAAGUCUAAUCAAACUGUAUUAUUUGUGUUUUGUCCUAAUUUUACUAUGCACUAUUCUUUGUAAUGUGUAUAUCUUGUAUGUGUAGUGGAGAUUAUGAAGAUCAUAAAUGUUCAUUUAAUUAGCAUUGAAAUGAAUGUUUUUUUCAGGUCUGUUUAUUAGUCUGUCCUGACUUUUAUAAUUUACCUAAAGUAUUAUUCAUUAAAAUAUUUGGCUUUAACAAUUUUUUUUAUAAAUAAUUUUAAAUAUAAUAGUUUAAACUAGUUCUAGUGGUUGAAAAAUACCAUCGAAAAAUAAGUCAUUAUAUUGGUCUAUGAGCUAUACUAAGCUUUAAAUUAUUAGUAAGCUUGUAGUUGAUAAUGAGUAUCAUGUUUGCUAUGAAUUUUUAAUAGAAACAUUUGUAAAGCAGUUAAUGCGUUAUAGAAAAGCAGUAUUAUUGCAAAGAGUUUUGGCUACUAAAAUUAAUUAAUAAGUAAAGACACUUUUUUAAAGAGCAGAAUGAAUUAUUCUUUAUUGAAUUUUUUUGUUAUAUUCUGAAACAAAUAUUUUAUGCGGCAGAUUUUAUAGUAAAGGCUAUAUAUUUUCAAAUACUUAACCUUAAUCUUGCUAGGAAGAAAAAGUUUAUAAUGAUGUUUUAUUUUAUGAAACACAAAUAUUAUUUAUUGAUAAUCAUUUUCUAAACUUACAAUUGUGUGCUUUUUAUAUAUAUGUAUAUCUGUAUUUGUUCCUUAUUGGAGUGCAGAGAUGGCAAGUUUUUAUUUUUUGAUGAAACAUUUGAUGGUGAAAUAAGACAAUUAAACAUCAGACAGUAAAUAAUGUGCUAAAAUUGUUUAAAAUAGACAGAACAUUUUAAGCUUUUAUCUAAAAACUAAGCACUUAAAAAUCAGUGUAUUUAUUUCCAUUCCAAUUUUAUUUACUAAAAUCAAAACUAUUUCAAAUU